AUGGCUGCUAAAAAGAAUGACGAUUUGUCGGCGGUGGAAUUCGAGUCGAGCGAAGAGGUGAAUGUUGUGCCGACUUUUGACAAAAUGGGAUUGAGGUAAGGGUUUUUGGGUGAAAAUUUGGGAUUCUCCGGGAAAUUUGGAGCAAAAUGAGCCAAAUCUUGGUUUUUGAGCUGGAAAACUGGAUUUUCAGCCAGAUUUGAUGGAAAAUGAGCUUAAACUUGAUCUUUGAGCUGGAAAACUGGAUGUUCAGCCAGGUUUGAUGGAAAAUGAACCAGAAUUUGGUUUUCUAGCUCAAAAACUGAAUUUUCAGCCAGAUUUGAUAAAAAAUGAGCCUAAGCUUGGUUUUUGAGUUCCGAAACUGGAUUUUCAGCCAGAUUUGAUAAAAAAUGAGCCUAAGCUUGGUUUUUGAGUUCCGAAACUGGAUUUUCAGCCAGAUUUGAUGGGAAAUGAGCCAGAAUUUGGUUUUUGAGCUGAAAAUUUGAGAUUUUCAGCCAGAUUUGAUGGAAAUUGAGCCGAAACUUGGUUUUUAAGCUCAAAUUCGGCAUUUUUAGCCAGAUUUGAUGGAAAAUGAGUCAGAAUUUGGUUUUCUAGCUCAAAAUUUGAGAUUUUCACUGUAUUUCAGCCCUGAAAAUGUUCUGGAAUUACAUUUUUAAGCUGAUUUUUGCAUUUUAAAGCUUCACGGCUCAAUUUCAGCUGAAAAAUUGAGAUUUGGCUCAAAAAUCAAAAUUUUAAAGCGAAUUUUAAGCUUCUGUAGUGUAGAGCUCAAUUUCAGCCGAAAAGUUUGAAUUUUCCAAGUUUCUAGCUGUAAAUCUUUGAUUUUUAACCCAUUUUUGUUUGCAGAGAAGAAUUGUUGCGUGGAAUCUACUCGUAUGGUUUCGAAAAACCAUCAGCCAUUCAACAACGAGCAAUUUUGCCGGUUUUGAAAGGACGUGAUGUUAUUGCACAAGCGCAAUCUGGUGAGUUUGGGAUUUGGGGCUGAAAAUGAUGAUUUUUAGCCUGAAAAUGAGCUGAAAAUCACUAUUUUCAGUGAAAAUUGACCUAAGAAGACGGCGAAAAUCAUGAUUUUCAUCCCAUUUUUCUUCCAGGUACCGGUAAAACGGCGACUUUCUCCAUCUCUGUCCUCCAACAAAUCGACACACAAGUUCGUGAAACUCAAGCGCUCAUUCUCUCGCCAACUCGCGAAUUGGCCACACAAAUCCAGAAGGUCGUGUUGGCGCUGGGCGAUUAUAUGAAUGUUCAAUGUCAUGCUUGUAUUGGUGGAACGAAUUUGGGAGAGGAUAUCAGGAAGUUGGAUUAUGGACAACAUGUGGUUUCGGGUGAGUGUUUUGAGCCUAAAUUCGAAAAAUUUGAUGAAAAAUUGAUGAUUUUGACCUAAAAUUCAUGGAAAAUCAAGUUUUUUGAGCCAGAAUUCAAAUUUUUCUCAAAAAUUCAAGAAAAUUUGUUGAUUUUCACCCAGAAAUCGAUUUUUGAGCUCAAAAAUUCGGAAAACUUUGAAGAAAAUUGCGAAACUAUAAUUUUUUCAUCAAUUUUUGGUCAAAAACUCUGAAAAUGCCUUCAAAAUUGAGCUGAAAUUAAUUUUUAAUGAAAAUUAAGCUAACAUGAGUAAUUUUGAACCAAGAAAUGCAAAAUUUUGUUUUCUGACAGAAAAAUUCUGUAUUUUCAACUCUUUUCACUCAGAAAAUCAAAUAUUUCUAUAAAAUAGCCAAUUUUUGACUGAAAGUGCUCAAAAAAUUAAUUUUUUUCAAUUAGAAACCUUGAAAUCACCCAAAAAUUCAUAAUUUUCAACUAAAAUUUCUCAAAAAUUAAUUUUUUGCAAUCAGAAACUUUGAAAUCACCCAAAAUUCAUAAUUUUCAACAAAAAUUUCUCAAAAAUUAAUUUUUUUUCAAUCAGAAACCUUGAAAUCACCCAAAAUGUAUAAUUUUCAACCAAAAAUCAAUAAAUUUGUUCUCGAGGAACCCCUAGCCGUGUUUUCGACUGAAAAAUCACUGAAAAUUGCUCAAAAAUUGAUUUUUCUAGUCAGAAACCUUGGAAAUCACUAUUUUUACCUUGAAAAUCAACAAAAAUCCCUCUAAAUUCAUAAUUUUCAACCAAAAAUCAAUAAAUUUUUCCAGGAACCCCAGGUCGUGUUUUCGACUGAAAAAUCACUGAAAAUUGAUAAAAAGUUGAUUUUUUCAAUCAUGGGGCUAUUCAUGUAUUUUCUCAGCAUGUUGAGAAAACAGGAGAAAUGCGGAGGAAAUACAUUUUCUCCGCUUUUUUCGUAUUUUCUCAGCCUACCUGAAUAGGUUUUCUCCGCUUUUCUCCCGUUUUCUCAGCGUUGAAAAAUAACAUGAAUAGCCCCAUCAGAAACCUUGAAAUCACCCAAAAUUCAUAAUUUUCAACCAAAAAUCAAUAAAUUUGUUCUCCAGGAACCCCUGGCCGUGUUUUCGACAUGAUUCGCCGCCGAAAUCUUCGAACUCGCUCCAUCAAAAUGCUCGUUUUAGACGAAGCCGACGAAAUGUUGAACAAGGGAUUCAAAGAGCAACUCUAUGACAUCUACAGAUAUUUGCCGCCAGGAGCACAAGUUGUUUUGCUCUCUGCCACACUUCCCCAUGAGAUUUUGGAGAUGACUAGCAAAUUUAUGACUGAUCCUAUUCGUAUUUUGGUCAAGAGAGAUGAAUUGACUUUGGAGGGAAUUAAACAGGUAGGAAACUUGUUUUGGGACGCGAAAAUUGAGAAAAUCCGAGAUUUUUGAGCCUGGGAGGUGAAAUCCGCUAAGAUUUUGGUCAACUAGGUAAUUUACGAUGAUUUUUUCGACAUCUAGGCGAAAUUUGGUGAUUUUUGCAGCCCUGUAGGCAAAUUCCUCUGGUUUUUUCGACAUGUAGGUCAAAAACUGUGAAAUUUCUGUCGAGUAGGUAAUUUACGAUGAUUUUUUCGACGUGUAGGUCAAAAACAGUUAAAUUUCUGUCUAGUAGGUGAUUUCCGGUGAUUUUUUCGACAUCUAGGUGAAAUUUGGUGAUUUUUGCAGUCUUGUAGGCAAAUUCCGUUAGUUUUUUCGACAUGUAGGUCAAAAACAGUGAAAUUUCUGUCAAGUAGGAGUUUUCCGGUGAUUUUUUCGACAUCUAGGGGAAAUUUGGUGAUUUUUGAAGCCCGUAGGCAAAUUCCGUUAGUUUUUUCAACGUGUAGGUCAAAAAUAGUGAAAUUUCUGUCUAGUAGGUGAUUUCCGAUGAUUUUUUCGACAUCCACGUGAAAUUUGGUGAUUUUUGCAGCCUUGUAGGCAAAUUCCGUUAGUUUUUUCAACGUGUAGGUCAAAAAUAGUGAAAUUUAUGUCUAGUAGGUGAUUUCCGAUGAUUUUUUCGACAUCCACGUGAAAUUUGGUGAUUUUUGCAGCCUUGUAGGCAAAUUCCGUUAGUUUUUUCAACGUGUAGGUCAAAAAUAGUGAAAUUUCUGUCAAGUAGGAGUUUUCCGGUGAUUUUUUCGACAUCUAGGCGAAAUUUGGUGAUUUAUAUGCCUGGAAGGUGAUUUAUCGUAAAAUUUAACUCUGGUAGGCGAAAUCCGCUAAGAUUUUAGUCAAGUAGGCAAAUUCCGCUAGUUUUUACGUCGGGUAGAUAAAAAAUAAUGACAUUUCUGUCAGGUAGGCAAAAUAUGACAGAAUUUCGGCCUAAUAGUGAAAAUCCGCUAAGAUUUCGGUUUGAUAGUUGAAAAACAGUGAUAUUUCUGUCUAGUAGGGAAAAUCCGCUAGUUUUUCGGCUAGGUAGGCGAAAUCUGUCAAGAUUUUGAACAAGUAGGGAUUUUCUGGUGAUUUUUAACGUCGAAAAUGAAAUAAAAUUGAUUUUUAAUGCAGAAUUUUCAAAUUUUCAUGGAAAAUCAUUUUUUUUUUGUUCAAAAAGUCUGGAAUUAUUGACCGAAACGCUGUGAAAAUGGCUAGAAAUUCAAAAGUUGCAUGAAAAAUCGUCAUUUUGCACCCAAAAUCUAGAAUUUUUGACCAUGGAGCUCUAAAAAAUCGCUAUAAGUUCAAUUUUUCAACCUAGAACCUAGAAAUCCUCAAUUUUUAUCCUAAAAACCCCCUAAACCCCCUAAUUUUAUCAUUUUUUCAGUUUUUCGUGGCAGUUGAUCGUGAAGAAUGGAAAUUCGACACAUUGGUUGAUCUCUAUGAUACUCUUACAAUCACACAAGCUGUUCUUUUCUGUAAUACUCGUAGAAAGGUCGAUUGGUUGACUGACAAAAUGAAAGAAGCAAAUUUCACAGUCUCAUCGAUGCACGGAGAUAUGGAGCAAAAAGAUCGAGAGCAAAUUAUGAAGGAUUUUCGAGCUGGCAAUUCGAGAGUAUUGAUUUCGACUGAUGUUUGGGCGAGAGGAUUGGAUGUUCCACAAGUUUCAUUGGUAAGGACACUUUUUGGGACGAAAAAUGGGUUUUUUUGAGCUAGAAAUCAUAAAAUUUGGAGCAUUUUGAGCUAGAAAUCAUGAAAAAUGAAUCUGAAAUUGAUUUUUGAACCAGAAAUCAUGAAAUUUGGAGCAUUUUGAGCCAGAAAUCUUGAAAAUUGCUCAAAAUCUGAAAUUUUCAGCCAAAAACAGAUUCUUGAACUGAAAAUGAUGAUUUUCACUCAGAAAUCGAUAAAAUCGACCUGACAUUUUAUUUUUGAACCAGAAAUCAUAAAAUUUGGAGCAUUUUGAGCUAGAAAUCAUGAAAAUGCUCAAAAUCUGAAAUUUUCAACCAAAACCAGAUUUGCGAACUGAAAAUUGAUGAAUUUUGAUCUUGAAAACUUGAAAAUUCGCCAUUUUUAUACCUUGAAGGUUAAAUUUGGUGAUUUUUUGGUCCAGUAGGAGAUUUCCGCUAAUUUUUCCGUAUUUUUCGAAAAAGUAGGCAGAAAAUGGUGGGUUUUUGGUUGAAUUUGAAAAAUCUGAGCUUUUUUCUCAAGUUUUUCCAACAAAAAUCCUGAUUUUUGCGAAAUUUGACGGAAAUAAUGGCGGAAAACCCCUACUUGAUAGAAAUCACGCUGUUUUUGACCUGAAUGUCGGAAAAACUGGCGGAUUUUCACUACAAUGUUAAAAUUAUGCGAAAAUCAUCAUUUUUCACUUAAAAUCACCUGAAAGUUAGCCUAACUUCCCGAAUUUUGCAGGUAAUCAACUACGAUUUGCCAAACAAUCGUGAAUUGUACAUUCACAGAAUCGGUCGAUCCGGUCGUUUUGGUCGCAAAGGAGUUGCCAUCAAUUUUGUGAAACAAGACGAUGUUCGAAUUUUGAGAGACAUUGAACAAUACUAUUCGACACAAAUCGAUGAAAUGCCAAUGAAUAUUGCGGAUAUGCUCUAAGGAGAAGGUAAUUUUUGAAUUUGCGCGAGAAAAUGAUGGAUUUUAAGCUAAAAUUUGGGAAAUUUGAUGAAAAAUGAGCUGAAAUUGAUUUUUAAAGGGUUUUUGAGCUCAAAAAUCGAGAAAUUUCGAAAUUUUCAGUCAAAAGUAGCUCUAAAGCUGAAAAUUUGAAGAAAUAUCAGUUUUCUAUGGUUUUUGAGCUCAAAAUUCAAGAAAUUUUGAAAUUUUCAGUCAAAAAUAGCUCUGAAUCUGAAAAUUUGAAGAAAAUCUGAUGAAAUAUCAUUUUUCUAUGGUUUUUGAGCUAGAAAUUGACCUGAAAUUAAAUUUUGAGCUCAAAAAUCCGGAAAAUUCGAAAUUUUCAGUCAAAAAUAGCUCUGAAUCUGAAAAUUCGAAGAAUUAUCAUUUUUCUAUGGUUUUUGAGCUAAAAAUUGACCUGAAAUUGAUUUUUGAGCUCAAAAGUAGCUCUGAAUCUGAAAUUUUGAAGAAAAUCUGAUGAAAUAUCAUUUUUCCAUGGUUUUUGAGCUAAAAAUUGACCUGAAAUUGAUUUUUGAGCUCAAAAAUCCAGAAAUUUUGAAAUUUUCAGUCAAAAAUAGUUCUGAAUUUAAAAAUUUGAAGAAAAUCUGAUGAAAUAUCAUUUUUCUAUAGUUUUUGAGCUGGAAAUUGGCCUGAAAUUCAUUUUUGAGCUCAAAAAUCCACAAAUUUCGAAAUUUUCAGUCAAAAAUAGCUCUGAAUUUGAAAUUUUGAUGAAAUAUCAUUUUUCUAUAGUUUUUGAGCUAGAAAUUAAACUAGAAUUGAUUUUUGAGCUCAAAAAUUCGGAAAAUUUGAAAUUUUCAGUUAAAAAUAGCUCUAAAGCUGAAAAUUUGAAGAAAAUGACCUGAAAUUAAUUUUUGAAACCCAAAAAUUUUCAUUUUUUUCAGAAUCUUCAUCCAAUUUUCAAACUCGACCUGGAAUUUUUCCAAAAAAUUCGACUUUUUUUUUCAUUUUUAUUUUCAAAUCCCCCAAUUAAUCUGUUAUUUUACCCGUUUUUUUCUCAAUUUUUCCAUGUUUUAUCCACACAUAAUUUAAUUAUUUUCUCUGUUUUCUGACUGAAAAUCGAGCUGAAAUUCCACACAUUUUCAGCCAGAUCUCUUCUCGUUUUUUUUUGGUCCAAAAAAUCCCAAUUUUUCCCGUUUUUCCAUUGUUGAAAUAAAUGAGUUUUCGAGAUUUUUUUGUCGAUUUUUGUGAGCAAAAAAUGUGUUUACCCAUCAUUUUUGUGGUAUUUUUGAGUGUUUUCAGAUUUUUUUUUUGGUUCCUAUGGAAACCCACCCUGGUUUGUUUUUAUUUUUUCGAGUUUUAUUGAUUUUUGAGCCGUUUUUCGGUCAAGUAGGUGAAAUCCGCCAAAAUUUUGGUCCAGUAGGAAUUUUCCAAUGAUUUUUUCGACAUCCCGGUGAAAUUUGGUGAUUUUUGAGCCCUGUAGGCAAAUUCCGCUAGUUUUUUCGACAUGUAGGUCAAAAACAGUGAAAUUUCUGUCAAGUAGGUGAUUUCCGAUGAUUUUUUCGACCUUCAGGUGAUUUUUCAUGCCUUGUAGGUCAAAAAUCAUGAAAUUUCACUCUGGGUAGGCAAAUUCCGUUAGUUUUUACGCCGAGUAGGCGAAAAAUGGUGUGAUUUUCGACAAAUUAGGGAAAUUUGAGCUUUUCUGUUUUUCUCUGCGUCUCUUCAGGCGAGAGAGAGAGAAAAAGACGGAACUUGAGCUUUUUCUCAAGUUUUUCGACGAAAUUUUGUGUUUUUUUCAAUUUUGACAAAAAUAUUAGCGGAUUUCUCCUACUUGACUAAAAUUACACUAUUUUUGAGCUACCCGAUGUAAAAACUAGCGGAUUUUGCCUACCAAACCGAAAUCUUAGCGGAAUUUGCCUACCUAACCGAAAAACUUGCGGAAUCGCCCUACUUGACUGAAAUUACACCAUUUUUCACCUACUAGACAUAGAAAAUCACGGUUUUUCACCUAUUUUACAUAAAAAAUAGCGGAUUUCCCCUACCCGUUCAAAAUCCCACCAUUUUUUGCCUACUCAACACGCAUUUAAAUAUGCAAAUGAAUUGAGUCCUUUUUUUUUGUCUUUUUCCCUUUUUUUCUCAAAAAAUUAUCGAUUUUUUGCAGGCGCCCAGCUUUAAUGAGGAAUUUGGGAGGAAGAAAACAAGAGAAGAGGGAAAAUUGAGCAAGAAUGUGAGUUUUUGGGGAUUUUGAGCCUGAAAGUGGAAAAAGAGCUUAAACUGCACAUUUUGAGCUGAAAAUUUGAGAAAAUCGGAGAAUUUUGAGCCAGAAAGUCUGAAAAUGCUGUUUUUCAUGAAAAAAUGCACAUUUUGACCUAAAAUUUCAAAAAUUACAUCAAAAUUUCAGUUUUCUCACCAAAAAUGCCGAUUUUCCAGCUCAAAAUUGAGCAAAAUUCAAAAAUAACCCAAAAUUAAUUGCAGAUGUCCGAAAAAACGCAAUGUUGUGGUAGAAAAUGGUGUGUUGGAGAUCCGUGUGGAAUUGUAUGCGCUGUUAUUACUUGGUGAGUGUUUUCGAUCGGAAAUUGACUGAAAAUGCUAUUUUUUGAGCUGAUGAAGUUUGGGCUCCAGAACCAAAAAUUCAUGAAAAAUGCGAUUUUCUGGGUCAAAAUUCAUGAAAUUUGGCUUCUGGAGCUCGAAAUAUCGGAAAAUCUUUAUUUUUGAGCCAAAGUUCAUAAAAUUUGGCUCCAGGAGCCCAAAAUUCAUGAAAAAUUCGAUUUUCUGGGUGAAAAUUGAUGAAAUUUGGGCCCUGGAGCUUAAAAUAUCGGAAAAUCUUAGUUUUUGAUAAGAAAUAUGUUAAGACUAUUCAAAAUUCAUGAAAUUUGGCUCCAGGAGCUCAAAAUAUCGAAAAAUGCAAUUUUCUGGGUCAAAAUUCAUGAAAUUUGGGCUCCUGGAGUUUAAAAUAUCAAAAAAAUUUUAAUUUUUGACCUGAAUCACUUUGAAAUUAUCAAAAAUUCAUGAAAUUUGGCUCCUGAAGCUCAAAAUUCAUGAAAAAUCUAAAUUUUUGAUCUAAAAUUCAUGAAAUUUACCUUAAAAACCCCCUAAACCCCCUAAAAAUUCCCCUAAUUUUACAGGCUUCUAAUAUUCUAUGGUCAAGUUUGUAUAGCUCUCGUAAUGCUGCAAUCAUUUCAAGACUAUCCAAUUCACACCACAAUCAAUUUAUUGAUUUUCGAAACAUUUACAAUAUUGGCUGUCAUAUCGCAUUUGAAAACAAUGUUAACUGAUCCGGGAGCUGUUCCCAAAGGAGAUGCAACUGAAGAAAUGAUUGAGAGAUUGCAGGCGAUUAGUGAUAAUUCAGUAAGCGCGUUUUUGGGCUGGAAAUUUGGCUGAAAAUGAGCUAGAAAUUGUGAAAAUUGAGGUUUUUUGACCCAAAAAUCAUGAAAAAUGAGCAAAAAUAACGUGUUUUGACCCAAAAUUCGAGAAAUUACAAGAAAAUACACGAAAUUACAAGAAAUACUCAAAAUUAAUUAGAACUGACCUAAAUUCAGGUUUUUUGGUUCAAAUCGUGCUGAAAAUCAUGACGAUCUAGGUUUUGUGACUCAAAAAUCGAUUUUUCCUUGAAAAAUGAGCGAAAAUGAAGGUUUUUGACCCAAAAUUCGAGAAAUUACAAGAAAUACUCAAAAUUCAUGAAAAUUAAGCCAGAAAUAUUGAAAAACAAGCAAAAAUGAAGGGUUUUGACCCAAAAUUCGAGAAAUUACAAGAAAUACUCAAAAUUCAUGAAAAAUGAGCCAGAAAUUUUGAAAAACCAGUGAAAAUAAAGGUUUUUGACCUAAAAUUCGAGAAAUUACAAGAAAUACUCAAAAUUCAUGAAAAAUGAGCCAGAAAUUUCGAAAAACCAGUGAAAAUAAAGGUUUUUGAUCUGAAAUUCGAGAAAUUACAAGAAAAUACACGAAAUUCAUGAAAAAUCAGCCAGAAAUUGUGAAAAACCAGCAAAAUGAGAGGUUUCAACCUGAAAAUCCAGAAAUUACAAGAAAUUACACAAAAUUACAAACAAUUACAAAAAAUGCGACGAGAAAUCACCAACAAAUACACGAAAUACCCUAAAAUCACAUUCCUAGCUCAAAAAAUAUCAAUUUUCCACCUAGAAACCCGAAAACCUCUAUUUUCUUCCAGGUGAUCUACAAAUGUUAGAAAAAUACGAGAAAAUACAGAAAAUUACGAGAAAUUACAAGAAAAACCCAAUUUUCACGCUAAAAACCUGAAAUUUCUUCCAGGUAAUCUACAAAUGUCAAAAAUACGAGAAAAUACAGAAAAUUACAAACAAUUACAAGAAAUACCCAAUUUUCACGCUAAAACCCUGAAAUUAAUUUCAGGUGAUCUACAAAUGUCAAAAAUACGAGAAAAUUACGAGAAAUUACAAGAAAUACCCAUUUUUCACGCUAAAAACUUGAAAUUUCUUCCAGGUAAUCUUCAAAUGUCAAAAAAAUACAAGAAAAUACAGAAAAUUACAAAAAAUACCCAAAAACACUUAAUUUUCACGCGAAAAACCUGAAAUUAAUUCCAGGUAAUCUACAAAUGUUAAAAAAUACGAGAAAAUACAGAAAAUUACAAGAAAUUACAAGAAAUACCCAAUUUUCACGCUAAAAACCUGAAAUUUCUUCCAGGUAAUCUACAAAUGUCAAAAAUGCUGUAGCAUAAAACCCGACCGAGCCCAUCAUUGCUCAGUUUGCGAGCGUUGUAUUCGUCGAAUGGACCAUCAUUGUCCGUGGGUCAAUAAUUGUGUGGGCGAAUCGAAUCAGAAGUUUUUUGUGCUCUUCACAAUGUAUAUAGCUCUUUUAUCCUGCCAUGCUCUUUAUUGGGGAAUUUGGCAAUUUGUGAAAUGUGUGGGAGUGGAAUGGCAAGGUUGCUCGGCACUUGGACCACCUGGAACCACUUUGAUGUUGGUGAGUGGAUUUUGAGAGGAUUUGGGAAGUGGGAAUGGGUUCUACGUAGAGUUUGAGGCAUUUUGACACCAAACACGAUGGGAUUCGGUGAAUUUUGAGAAUUUCAGAUCCCAGAAAUUUUCAGAUUGAAAGUUCUAGGGAUUCCUGAAGGUUAAAGAUAAUUUUUUCGUGUUUUUCAUGAAAUUUGACGAUUUUAGACACCCAUCUUGAUAUUGUUUGGUUAAAUUUUGAAAAUCGGACCAUCUGGAGGUCAAGAAGGUCCAAUUUUCGAAAUUUCACAAAAAUAUAUCAAGUUUGGGCUCAAAACGCUCCGAAUAACCUCGGGAAUUAGGGAAAAUCAUAUAAACUUCAAGAAAACCCCGGAUUAUCUUGGAUUUUGAGAAUUCCGGUAUUUUUCAGACCCCAGAAAUGUUGAAAUUGAGAGUUCUGGAAUUUUUCAGAGGUUCUGAGUAGUUUUUUCGUGUUUUUCAUGAAAUUUGACGAUUUUAGACACCCAUAUUGAUAUAUUUUGGUGAUUUUUGAAAAUGGGACCAUCUGGAGGUCAAGAAGGUCCAAUUUUCAAAAAUUCACCAAAAUAUAUCGUGUUUGGGCUCAAAAUGCUCCGAAUAACCUGAGGAAUUGGGGAAAAUCAUAUAAUAUUCAAGAAAACCUCGGAUUAUCUUUGAUUUUGAGAAUUUCGGGAUUUUUCAGACCUCAGAAAUGUUGAAAUUGAGAGUUAUGGAAUUUUUCAGAUGCUCUCACUCAUAUUUUUGCACUCCCCAUGAAAUUUGAGAAUUUUAGACACCCAUCUUGAUAUUGUUUUGUGAAAUUUUGAAAAUCGGACCAUCUGGAGGUCAAGAAGGUCCAAUUUUCAAAAUUUCACCAAAAUAUAUCGUGUUUGGGCUCAAAACGCUCCAAACAUCGUGGAGAAUCUGAAAAAAACACCCAAUCUCCAGGAAAUCCUGAAAAUCUUAAUAUUUCAAAGAUCCGAAAUUUUUUCAAAAAUCAAAAAUUUUCAAUUUGGGAUUUCUAGAGGUUUUCAAAGCUUUCUAAUGACUUUUUUGGACUCUCCAUUGGAUUUGGAGCAUUUUGAGCCUAAACAUGAUAUGUUUUGGUGAAUUUUCGAAAAUCGGACCAUCUGGAGGUCAAAAAGGUCCUUUCACCAAAAUAUACCAUGUUUGGGCUCAAAAUGCUCCAAAUCACCUGAAAAAAUCGAAUUUCAGAUUUUCCUGCUCUUCGAAUCAAUACUCUUCGCAAUUUUCACAUCAGUCAUGUUUGGCACACAAAUUUCAUCGAUUUAUAGCGAUGAAACGACGAUUGAAUCGCUGAAAAGGUGAGUUUUGACCAAUUUUGGCUGAAAAUCCCAAAUUUCCCGUGAAAAAUCUGAAAUUUUCAGCCGAAACUUUGAUAUGGAGGAAAAUGAACGUGAGAAGAAUGAUGGCUGGAAAAAUUUGCAAAUGGUAUUCGGCGGACCUUUCAGUAUAAAAUGGAUGAAUCCGCUGGCGGACCCCUUUUUGUCAAGGCCCACUUUUGAGUAUUCUGUGUAG